ACUUGCCACAGACUACAGAUUUAAGUUCCGGACUCUACCAAUUUAGAGCCUUUUGUUCAUUGUUGUUGUAUCCUGUACGGAGCAUGUAUAGAGCAUUGUUGCAGGCAGCGGCAUCGAAAGGGUUUGAUGUUGAGCUAAACUUUGCCCCUCUCUUGCCGAAAAAAUGACCUUAUUUAAAUAACCGUUUUUAAUAACUGGUUAAAUAUUUACGGCCUCUGACCAACGGAGCACAUCCAACUUAUUUAUACCUGAAGAUAUUAAGAGAUCCCAUUCUCCAACCAUUCCUAGUGCAAACACGAACCUCACAGGUGAGGAUCCUCGACCUUCGCUAUGGCUGACUCAAAAUUAAAGGCUGCUAUCCUGGUAAUUUCUGAUACUGCCUCUCGGGAUCCUUCAACGGAGAAGGCAGCUAGCGCUCUCACCCAAACAUUCGCCGCUGAAGGAGGGGGCAGAUGGAGUGAUCCCGCAAUUGUAAUUGUCCCGGAUAACGUUCUGGAGAUCCAACGGCAGAUACUCUCCUGGACAGAUGCGGAAGACUAUUUUAAUCUCGUAAUUACAACGGGAGGGACGGGGUUUGCAGUUAAGGACAAUACUCCAGAGGCCGUAUCGCCGCUAAUCCAUCGACAUGCCCCUGGACUUGUGCACGGCAUGCUUGCUACUUCUUUGGCUGUAACUCCUUUUGCUAUGAUGUCCAGGCCCGUAGCUGGUGUGCGGGGUAAAUCAUUAAUCAUAACCCUACCAGGUUCUCCAAAAGGAGCGAAAGAAAAUCUUCAAGCCGUCAUCAAACUUCUCCCGCAUGCCUGCAUCCAGGCUGCUGGAGCUGAUUCGAGAGCAAUUCAUGCUGGUGGUGUACAGAGGUUGGAGAAAGAAGCGGGCAUCAGCACGACAGCUGCUGGCUCUGUCGAGGAAAAAUCUCAUCCCCAUCAUCACCAUCACCAUCACAAUCACCAUGGCUGCCAUCAAGGGCACGGACAUGGUCAUUCACAUGGCCACAUUAUACCCAGAGCUCAUACAUCGCCCGCUGACCGACCACAAUCAAAUGACCCUAUUGCAGGACCAACGAGACGUUACCGUGAAUCUCCUUAUCCUAUGCUUUCGGUGGAAGAAGCUCUCAAAAUCAUCGUUGAACAAACUCCAGAGCCAACCAUCAUCGAAACUCGUGUAGAUGCAUCUCUUGUAGGAUCCGUAAUUGCGGAAGACAUCUAUGCACGCGAAGCGGUCCCGGCAUAUAGAGCAAGCAUCGUGGAUGGCUACGCAGUUAUCGCCUCCACUCCUACAGCGGAUUCCACUGGAAACACAAAAGGAAAAUUCUCAGUAGCAUCAGUCUCACAUGCACAAGCAGCUUCUAUGCCGCCACCGUUGAAGCGAGGGGAAAUUGCGCGGAUAACCACUGGGGCUCCGCUUCCCGAGAACGCCAGUGCGGUCGUAAUGGUGGAAGAUACAGUCCUUGUAUCUACAACCCCUGAUGGGAAGGAAGAGGCUGUCGUGGAAAUCCUAACUGGGGCAAUAAAACCGGGAGAAAACGUGCGCGAGCCUGGCAGCGACGUCUCCCUGGGAUCUAAAAUACUUCAAAAGGGAGACCUAAUUACAGCUGUAGGCGGGGAAAUCGGUCUUCUCGCGUCGACCGGAACGCGAAUGGUCAAAGUAUACAAAAAGCCCCGCAUCGGAGUCCUCAGCACAGGCGAUGAACUCGUUAACCACGAUGGUCCUGAUUCACUCCAAGGUGGUCAGAUUCGCGACUCAAACCGCCCGUCAUUGCUCUCAUGUCUUUCAGCCUGGGGUUUCCCAUCAGUCGACCUCGGAAUUGCAAAGGACACACCAACAGGGCAUCUCGAACAGUGCCUGCGCGAUGCUCUCCGCGGCACCCCCGACUCACCGAGUGUUGACAUAAUAAUAACGACUGGCGGCGUUUCCAUGGGCGAAUUGGAUCUACUAAAACCUACCAUCGAACGCCAACUCGGCGGCACCAUCCACUUCGGCCGGGUUUCCAUGAAGCCAGGAAAACCCACCACCUUCGCAACAGUCCCAUUCAAACCCGCAGUAUCAUCCACAGACCCCGCCGCCCAGCAGGAGCGCGAAACGAAACUCAUCUUCUCCCUACCCGGAAACCCAGCUUCCGCACUAGUGACGCUGAACCUCUUCGUUCUGCCCGCCCUGCACAAAGUGACUGGUUUGGGUAUGAGCAGCCAGCAGCAGCAGGGCUUCCAGCCUCGUCUCGGCCUCCCACUCGCCACAGUAACGCUGACGCAGGACAUCCCGCUCGAUCCUAAACGUACGGAGUACCAUCGUGCGAUCGUAACAGCCUCGAAAAUAGAUGGUAAACUUCUUGCGACGAGUACCGGGCUGGGUGGACCGGGUGCUGGGGCGGGGCAGCGGAGUUCGCGCGUGGGUAGCCUAGCAGGUGCGAAUGCUUUGUUGGUCCUUGAGCCGGGGAAGGGUGUCGUGGAAAAAGGAAAGAAGGUGCAGGCAUUGCUGAUGGGAAUGGUAGUUCCUGAGUGAAAUUUAAAAACUAAAAAUGAUGAAUUAUUAUGUGAAAGAUGGACAAUUUGAUGAUUUGGUUGAUUCGAUUCAUAUGUUUAUUAUUUUGGAAUGUGGUUUUAUAAUUUCUAUUGAGAAUGACAAAAAUCGUUGUGAAUUUUACUUCUAUGUAACUUCAUGCGUAUUUAGGGUGUUCACCGUAGGGAGGUAUCAUUGCCUCCACGGUCAAAUAGGCAGAAAUAGUUAACUUCGGGAAUGUAUGCCUCAUGAACCAUCUAAAAGAACCCGUAGAUAUUCACAAGGAGUAAACACCAAAUCGAAAGCUCCAAAUAUGUAACAAUAAAAAACACAAUGAAACCUGAACAACUAUACCUGAG